UAAGAGUUCGACAACUUUGGGAAAACUGUCAGUUGGCAGCGAACUUAGAACAGGUAGACACGCACGUUGUCGGCCUUCCUCCUGGGCCCCAAAAAGAGAGAGUAACGGUACGCGACGCGACGCGAAGCGACGACGAAAACGAAGCGGAACAGUAUAGAAAGGAACAUCGUCACGACCCGAAACCCACACGAGAACCGACCAACCAACCCCCUCGCCAACGCAAACAACGAAGUGUAGGCGAAGCCGAAGUGUGUGCGUGUGUCCGUGUGUGUGUGAAUGUGUCCGAGUGCAAUCGUUAAGAAGAAGCAGGAUCAAAGGAAGAGGAAAAGCAGAAGCGGCAGAUUAGCUGGGAAUCCCCCGGACAGGCUCCAAAGUGUUCCGAUGCGUUCGUUCGACCAUUCCGUUGGUUCGUCGUUUUUUGUUGUUUGUUGUUGUUGCUGCCGCGUCGCCAGCUCCGCUGCUUCUGUCAGCGCCGACGCCAACUGAGCUGGUCGCGCUGCUGCCGAUGUAAAAUUUUAUUACCCCAAAACGCAUCCAGCAGUCGGGUUUUGGACGUCCGGACUACACCGCCGCCUCGCUGAGACAGACGACUUUUAUUGCAAUUCUCUCGCCCAAGCGGCGAAAAGCGGCCCCAGACCCAGAGGGCAACCUCGUUUGAGAACUAACGGACGAAGACGGAAAUACGGAGAUACGGAGAAACACGGAGAAAUACGGAGAGAGCAGCAAACAAAGACGGAGAAACAAAGAAAUACAGAGAAGCACGGAGGCCACAGAGACAUUCAAACUUUUGCGCGGCAUCAAAGUUACGAGAAAAAACUUUUCCAAACUACGCGCAAAACUAAAAUCAACUCUUCCGGAGGUCAUGCUGCUCAUAGACAUAGACUAGCCCCUUCUCCCGGUCCCAGAUCCGCAACCCCCGCAACCACCCCCCAACCACCCCCGGCAGCACCCUCCUUAAAACAGUGCAGUGAAACAAUAAGAAGAAUCAACCGAAGUAUAGUGGAAACAACAAUUGUCCAAAAGUGGAAAGUGCGCGGCCAAAUUGAUAUUGUGUAUACGCCUCCGAUGCCGGAAAAGUUUAACACCCUCCAUCGGCCGAUCAAGCCCUCUACCAAGAACAACUUUGAACUUGCAAAUCCUUGAAGACCUCGCAGACGCCGCUGCCGAGCCGAAACGUUGACAAAAUUUCAAACAAAUUUGACCCAACAAACCAACUGGCUUAGAGCAGAAGGGCCCACCGCAAGAUGGCGCUUUCCAAGCGUCCACUCACCAAGGACACGCCCUUGGCCGAGAGCAAUAGCAACGGCAACAACCACAGCGGGGGCAACACCAACACCAGCAGUGAUCUUGAGGCGACAGCCAUAAAGCGCAGGAAGCGCUGCAGUGGCGAUGAGGACGCGGCCCUCAACAACAACAAUAACAACAACAACAACAACAGUAAUAGCAACAAUAACAACAUAUUGCCACAAAAGAAACGAAAACAGGGCCCCAUCCCGGACAGCCCUGAGAGUCCUCCGACAAGCAUCCCCACUGUCGGAACAGCCGGAGUGGCUAAAAUGACAGCCGCCGAUGCAGAUCAGGAUGAUGAGACCCUCAUUCGGGAGACGCAGGCGGCAUUGAAGAGUCUGUCCGGUAGCUGGCCCGAUGCCCGGGCCAAUCUGUACAGAUUGCAGGAGCAGGACGAGAAUCCACCGCCCUUCCAGAACCUCUUCGAAGAGAAGCAAAAGUAUGAGGCCAUUGCACCCAGAACUCCCACAACAACUGCAACUGUAUCCCUGUUUCCACGUUUCCACAGACAGAAGGAGAAUGACCAGGCCCGCCUCAAUGCCGGCGCCACUCUCGAGGAUCGCGAGCGGGGCAAGAAGCUGGCCCCGGUCACAGCCGCAGGCACCGCUCUGGGUGGUGGACCAGAGGACAUGGAUCUGGAGGGGGCCGCCAGCAAUGUGUACGCCCAGGCCGCCUCGGCCUUCAAGCCGCCCAUCGACUUUAUCAAACGCAACUAUGCGGCCGCUGCCCACGCACAUGCCCAUGCCCAGGCCCAGGCCCAUGCCCAUGCUCACUAUACGACAAGCGCCUACAAUGCGGCCGCAGCAGCAGAGUCCGCCGCCGGAUUGGCCUACUAUGGCUAUGCGGCAGCCGCCGCUGCCAGUCAACAGCAACAGCAGCAGCAGCAAUUGAGCCUGGAGCCGACUCCAUUGCCGCCACGGGCCGCCUUUGACAUAGCCAGCCAGCUGGGCGAAAAGCCCUCAAAGAACUCCAAGGAGCCGCUGGCAGGAGCAUUGCCAGGAACGGGCUCAGGCACGGGCACGGGUCAUGGUGGGUCCCAGGUGGAUGCCAAACAGUAUACGAUCCUGCAGCCGGCAGGCGUGGGCAGUCGAGCAGCCUCAGUGAUGCAGGACAUUGCCCGGGAAGGUGUUGUGGGUGUACCGCUGGUCGCCACCCCCCCAUCCACGAGUAGUCCGCCCACAGGAGGAACAGCAGCAUCGACAGCGACAGCGACAUCGACAUCGACAUCGACGCCGGCACCUAGCUACUCGCCGGGCAGCCAGAACCGCGUGCUGGCCCUGCACGAACAGAUACUGAAAUGCCCCACACCGGGCUGCAACGGACGCGGACACGUGCAGCCGCACCGCAGUGUGCACCGCAGCCUCUCCGGCUGUCCGCGCGCAGUCCGUCGCCAUGCCAGUCGUCGUCUGAAUAGCAAGCCCUCGAACAUUGAUCGAACAGCGGACUUGGAAAAGCACGAGAAAGAGUUGCAUCCAUUGGAUAAACUGAAGCUCACCUCCAGUCACUAUCUGAACAACAACAACACCAGUUGCAUCAACAACAACAACAAGUUGAGUGCAACAACAAUGCCCAUUAUCAAAUCGGAGUACAGUCCUGUAGCGAGCAUCAAAUCGGAGUACAACAAAAGCCCAAUGCACUCAUAUCUGGCCAACGAUGCAGCCGGCCCCGCCUCCAGUGUGACGGCCAGCGCAUCCACGACACCGGGCACGGCCCGCACUGCGUCCGGCAGCGGGGCAACGAACGGUGGCGGCAGUGGCACAACCUCCUCCAAUGGCGGCGAUGCCAACCUGCAUGCGCCGCACUUGAGUCGCUUUGUGGGGAUGCAGAGUCCUCCCCAGCCACAGAGCCACCAUCCACAUGCCCACCACGUUCAGCAGCAGCAACAGCAGCAGCAGCAACACACACUCCACCAGCAGCGCGGACCCUUCAUAAACGAGGGCAACGACGGUCCCGAUCCCUCAGCCAGCUACCACACAGAGCACCAGCAGCAGCAGCAGCAACAGCAACAGCAGCAGCAGGCCGAGGAGCGACAGUACGAGCAGAUGCGGUACGCCGUGGGCGGAGAGCUGCUGAGUAGCAAUGGGGGAACCAAUGCCAGCGAACUGUCACCUGGAACGGCGCGGAGUGCCUACGAGGCGCAUCCGCAUCCACACCCACAUCCGCAUCCACAUCCGCACCCGCCCACCUCGCUCAGCUCCCUCAGCAGUGCAUCGGUGGUGGGGGCGCCCGCCUUCGCCACAGUGGACUCCGUGUCAGCGGUGACCGUUUCCGCUGGAGCCGGCGGCUUCGAGCGGUACGACCCCAACUGCUGCCCCAACGGACAGCGUCAGGUGGCGUCCGUGGCGGGCGUGGCAGCGGCCUCAGCGUCGGCAGCGGCGGCGGCGGCAGCCUAUCACUAUCUGCCCCAGAGCGCCGACGAUCUGCAGGUGCAGCAGCAAAAGUAUCUGCAGGAGCAGCAGCUGAUGCUGGCCAAGGCCGAGCACGAGGAGCAGUUGGCCAAUGGCGGCGGUGCGGGGCCGAUCUAUCCACGGCCCAUGUACCACUACGAUCCCACCAUGGGCCCCCUCCCCCCGGGGUUUUCCGCCAUAAAUCUGUCCGUGAAGAUGGCCGCUGCCCAGGCGGCCGCCGCUGCAGCCGCCUAUCAGAACCAGCAGCAGCAGCAACAGCAACAACAGCAGCAGCAACACCACCAGCAGCAGCAACAGCAGCAGCAACAGCAACAGCAGCAGCAGCAGCAGCAACACGGCAAACAGAGCUCCUCGCCCACCCCGAACGUUGGAGGCGUGCCAGCGCCAGCGGUGGACCUAUCCGGGUCCACAUCGGUGACCUCCUCCAGUCCGCACGGUUUCAAUUCACCAGCCUCCCACAACCAAUACAACCAGCGCAUGGGCAACGGCAGCCCCCAGCCGGGGGCCAGUCCGAACAUAGCCAGCCCCCAGGUGCCCAGUCCGCAGGGCCAGACCCUGGACCUGAGUGUCACCCGGCUCCCACACAGCAUCAUCACCAGUCCCCAGUACGGCGCCGAUGGCCUUGUCGUGGGUCAUGCCCAGGGAUUUGGCAGCGGAGCGCCCGGCGCCCUGGGUCCCAAUGGACCGCCACGUUCCCCCCAAAUGGAGCCCGUCGACUUCAGCGGCCCGCCGCGACCAUUAGGCUUCGGACUGGUCGGACACAUCAGUGGACCGCGGCCCUACAGCCGUGAAUCCACACCGGACAGCGGCGGCUCUCAUUACAUCGAGACGUACAGAGAUCCGAGCGGGUACUCUCCGCAUCCCGGAUACGGUAUGGUGGUGCAGUCGGACUAUCCACCGGCUGGCUAUCAUGGCUAUGGUCCAGCCGCGUAUCAGUGCAGCAAUCCGUAUGCCACGGCGGUAGGCCCCGGCGGCUAUCCGACACCCGUCUCCGGCGGCUAUUCGCCGAGCCCGGCCACCUGCUACUCGAUGCCACCGCCACAGCACAUACCGCAGCACGACAAGACCAAGGAUGGAUUGACGGGCUGCUCGCGCUCGGACCGGAAUCAUCUGCAGUCGCACUCGCAGGAGCUCAAGUGCCCCACGCCCGGCUGCGACGGCUCUGGCCAUGUGACCGGCAACUACUCAUCGCACCGCAGCCUCUCCGGAUGUCCCCGGGCCAACAAGCCCAAGAGCAAGCCGCGCGAUGGCCAGGACUCGGAGCCGCUGCGGUGUCCCAUACCAGGAUGCGACGGCUCCGGUCACUCCACCGGCAAGUUCCUCUCCCACAGAAGUGCUUCGGGCUGUCCCAUAGCCAAUCGGAACAAGAUGAGGGUCCUGGAAGCCGGGGGCACUGUGGAGCAGCACAAGGCCGCUGUGGCCGCUGCCACAGCUAUGAAGUUCGAUGCCUGCACCACUGUUGGAGGCCAGGGAAUCAAGAAGCCCAAAUUCGACGAGGUCACCAUGGUCUAUCCCAAGGGUUAUACUGGAGGAAGCGGCCUGGACAUUGUCAUGAGCGGCGUGGGCAGCUCCGGCGGUGUUGGCGGCGUGGGCGGCAUUGGCCUCAACGUCAACGUUGGCCUCGGGGUCACCAGCAGCAGCAACAGCGCCCACAGCAGUCUCAGCAGCAGCAACAACAACAACAACGGAAACGGAAACGGCGGAAACAACGAGAAGAGCGGAACGGCGCCAGCCUCCGGCAACGGUAGCGACGAUCUGAACACUCUGGAGGCCGAGAUCUCCGAGCUGCAGCGGGAGAACGCCCGAGUCGAGUCGCAGAUGAUGCGGCUCAAGUCCGACAUCAAUGCGAUGGAGUCGCAGCUGAGCACCAGCGAUCGGGAGGCAUCUCCAUUGAGCGGCCAUCAGCAGCAGCAGCGCUCCUCCAAUGUGGCCAUGGCUUCACCCAGCGGACAAUCGCCUUUCGCCAGCGUCAGCUCCACCAGCGGGACCGGAACAGGUCCCGCAACCAGCUCCAGCAACAACAACGGAAACGGAAACGGAAGCAACGAUCUGGGCCACUCGAUCAGCAGCCUGACGCCAGGUUCCGGGAACAGCAACCCAAACACGAAUGUGGGUGGCAUGAUGUCGCAUGCCCCGGUGGACGGGAGUGUAGCCCCGCCCAAUGCCAACCUAAACAACUACUACGAGAGCUUGCGCAACAACGUGAUCACGCUGCUGGAGCACGUGCGUUUGCCACCGCCACCGGCACCACCCACUUCGGUCUCCGUCUCGGCCUCGAUCGCCGGCGGCCAGGUGGUGUCGGGGCAUGGCCUGGACAGCGUGUGUGCCGGGGGUCAGCUGGUAGCCGGAAGCGGCGGAGAUCACGCCACGGCCUACUCCACAUUGCUGCCGCCACCGCCACCACCCCCAUCGGCCAGCAGCGGGGGCAUUGGCGGCGAAAUGUACGGCCAUCAGGGUGGGACGGGUAGUGGUGGUGGCCCGCCACCGGGUCCGCCGCCGGUGCCACCGCAUCAUGCCUACACCGUGCAUCACCCCGUCAGCUAUGCCCACCCACACUCGCAUCCGCACGGACAUCCACACGGUCACCCACACCCGCACCCGCAUCCGCACGAGCAUUUCGACUCGUACAUCUCCAAGCUGCAGUCGCUCUGCGUUCCGCCCGAUGUCUAUGCCCUGCCCGACGACGCCGAGCGGACCGUCUACAACUCGGUGAAGCCAAGCAUGCACCAGGACUACGGCAAACUGAUGCCGACACCCAUCUAAGCGAGGAGGAUAUCAAAGCAAAAGUUGGUAGCCCCGAUGUCCCGUCCAGGGUUCGUGAGUGUAAAUAUACUACCAAUAGAGUGGAGAAGUGGCGGCUUCAGUGUCGGCCCCAUAAAACGGACUAUAAGAAUUGUGGUGGGGAUAUUUGCUUUAACCUGAAGAACGAGACAUCUCCCAGCCCAAGGAUCUUUAUGUAGCGCAUAGAUAUCUGUAGAAAUCUACGUAUAUAUUGAGUCUGCCUGGAAAACGGACAGAUCCUUUUCCUAGUGUUAGAUUGAGCUGUUGCACAUCCUAUAUCCUAGACGCUUUCGUCGUGUUGAUAGAAACUGUAUAAAAAUUAAAACCUAAAGUAAGUGAGUAAUAAUAUUCAUAAUACGAUUUACGAUUAACAUUUUUUUUGUCUGUAUCAAAUACUAAAAAAAAACAACUAUAAGUUAUAGAAACUUAUAAAUAAAUAUAGUAGUAGGAGUUUGAAAAAGUAUAUGUUUAAUGUAGGCCAUUUGUUUGGUGUUGAUGUCUUGGUCAAUUUUUUGCAUACGAAAUGGAUAAUAUUCUUAAAUAUUUAAUCAGCCCCUCCACCCACACACAAAACCCCAACCCCACCCCCACCCCAGCCCCAAACCCGAGUUCAAGCCCCUCAAAGUAAGUUUAGUUUAGAGGAAAAGUCAAACACCAAAAGUGGAGAUAAAAAAAUAAUAAAAACAUAAACGGGAAAUAUAUUCAAUACCAAAGUUAGAGGAUGUAAUCGUGUUACUUUUUUUUGUUUUUUUUUUUAUUGUAAUAUUGGAAAUUAAUGGAAAAACGUGUGUGUAAUAUCAAGAGAACGCCUACAACUAGAUGUAUGGUGUAUGGGUAUGUAUGUCUUUUGUGGUUGGGAGCAGGGAAUACAUAUGAAUGUUCCAUAAAAGAUCAUACACGAAGUAUAUGAAUAUAUAUAUAUGCGUGGUUGUCUCUGUAGGAUCAUAAGUUUUAACGUGACCCCAUUGCCGGAAUUGGCAAAAGGCAUCAACCAAGCCCCCCACAAACGAAAAGCAAAUUGGGAAAAAAUCAAUGAAAAUAAAUAGGCUAAAAUUCAGUGCAAUACAUUCAAAAACGAAUAGCGAAAAACCAAAAGCAUAAAUAAUAUAAUUGUGUAAUCUUAAGUAACAAAAAAGUAGUUGAACAUAAUGUCACCUUUUUUUGUAUCGUCUUACGUCUAAUCAUAACAUUAAAUAUAACUAAACGAAAAGAAGAGGGAGAUAAGGAAAAUAAAUCCCCAGAGAGACGGAGAAGAGGGCACCCAAACCAAAAGGUAAUUUAGACGAAUUUUAAAAAAUUAAAUUAAAUUUAAACAAAAAAACAAAGCAAACCAGAAAAUUAAAACCGGAAAACGGAAAGCAAACAGUAUGGAAUAAUAGCAGGCUUAAAAGAUUCAUUGUACUUAAUGAAGUCAUAAAUUAUGAUGAUAAACAAAAUUACACUAAAAUAAAUAUAAAUAAAAAAAAUAUUAUAUAUAUAUAUAUAUGAGUAUAUAUAUUAUAAUAUUGUAUUGUAUGACAAGAAAAUUCUGUAAUUUACAAACGAAAAAUAUUUUAUGUGAUCAUUGUCAUUUUUUUUUUUUAAUAUUACAAGAAAUAAAUAAUUCGAAUACCAAAUAAAGGAUAUACACAACAUGA